UGAGGAAACGUAAACGAACAGAGUAAAGUUUGGUUGGGCCAGUGGUCCUGUAAAUAAUUUCGGUUCCUUUUUAUCUACAUCAUGGUUUUGUUAAUAUGUCACUUAAAUUGGUUGAUAUAUAAGUACGUAUUGCUGUAAUGUAUUCCCAGUUAGAACGGUUAAACUAGCUAGGUGGUUGGCUACAUUUAAUGCCGUAGAGCUUUCUAGUGCUGUCUUGCUAGCUAGCUAACGCGGCGUUAGCUUUUUUCGAGGUUGACAGUUCUGGCUUUGACAGCUAGUGAGCUAGCAUCUUGCCUAGCUAGUUAGGUAACGUUGUCCACGGCUAGCCACACUAGCGAGCUUUCAGCACAUUGGUUGAUACUCAAUUGAAAUGAACACGUGAAAAUUAUAAAUCCCUGGACUGAAAUAACAAAUUAUCGAUAUAAGAUACGCAGACACACAGGUACAGCUUGGGUUUAUGUGGGAGUGGUGUGGAACAUGCAAGCAGCCAGUUGAGAGAUCAUGAGGGAACUCCAGGCCAGGAUCCCGUGAGCGUACCCCUCAACUUGCUUUGCGUGACCUGCCUUCCCCACUGGAGUUUCUCAGCCUUGCUAUGCCCCAUCUCCAGCCAUGAGCUCUGCCCUGUGGAGCCAGGAGAAACCCAGCGGGGGCUUCAGGGAGGACUGGCGCUUCUACAUGGUAGUGAAGGAAUGUACAGUGGAGAAACCUGCCCAGAAGACCCUGAGGAUCCCCCGUGGCAGCCUGGGCCAGUCCUGCCAGGAGCGCAACAGCCUGGGCCGCACACUGCCCCCCAGCAAGGGCAAGAGGAGUCUGCGAAUCCUGGACCAGACCAAUGUGGUGCUGAGCCUAGACGAGAGGGACUUGCUGGAGCUGGAUGAGAAGCUAGUCGAGCUGCUAUUCCCCAUCACCAACUGUGAGGAGCGCUACGCUCUGCUCUGCAACAAGUCCCGCCUGGAGCGCGCCCGUGACAUCGACUGUGGGUCCAAGGUGCGUGUGCAGCUCCGCUCGGGGGAUGAGUCUCUGCCAGGGGUGGUCCGCUUCAAGGGCUCGCUCCUGCCCGACCGGGCACUCUCUGGAAUCUGGUUCGGCGUGGAAUUGUUGGAGGAGGGCCGGGGCCAGGGCUUCACAGAGGGCUCCUACCAGGGGCGGCAGCUGUUCCGCUGCGAGGACGAGUGUGGCGUGUUUGUGGCCCUGGACAAGCUGGAGCUGUGGGAGGACGAGGAAGAAGGCGAGCUGGAGGUGGACCACGUGACGUUAGUAGAAGAGGAGCAGGACUUCCCCCCUCUAGAGAUUAACUCCAGGGUGCUGGUACAGACCAGGGAGGGGCCCGAGAGGGGAACCAUCAUCUUCUGUGACCUGCUGCCUGGCAAUGAGAGCCUGGGAUACUACGUUGGAGUUGAUAUGGACAAUCCCAUCGGGGACUGGGAUGGUGUUUUCGAUGGGAAGCUCCUGUGUAAUUUUGCUAGCUUGGAGCACACUCGCCUCGUACCCAUCUGUGACGUAAUGCCAGAAUACGCCAUGCAGGACCAAAGGCUGCAAAAGCACAGUUUUGCCCCCAGAGGCAGCGGCAGUGACAAGUCUUCCUCUGGCCAAAGCAAACCAAAGAGCAAAGGCCUAGGUCAUCAGUGUGGGAGUAGAAGCAAGUCUGAGUUUUAUUAUACUUUAAAUGGCAGCUCUGUUGAUCCCCCAGCGCAGUCCAAAUCCAAAAGCACAUGGUACAUUGAUGAAGUCGGGGAGGACCCUGCCAAGUCUCUCACGGACACGCCCCCUGACUUUAACCAAGCCUCGCCCCCCAGGGCCCCGCCCUCCACCUCCUUGUCCAAUGACAACAAGUUCCACUCACUGCCCUUCAGCCUGAGCCGCAAGACGGGGCCCAAUGGUAGCAUGAGUCACGGGCCGCUCUCUCUCUCCGUCCAAUCGGUGAUGGGAGAGCAGCCAGAGCCCUCUCCUCCUCCCCCUUCGUCCCCGCGGCCUCCCAGCCCCCCACGUGGGGUGCCAGGGCUGGAGGUGGGCUCCCUGGUGGAGGUGAAGGAGAACCCUCCCCUGUGUGGGGUCAUCCGCUGGGUGGGCCUGCCCCCGGGUCUGCUGGAGCCUCUGGCUGGCCUGGAGCUGGAGGAAGAGUGUGUAGGCUGUACGGAUGGUACCUUCAAGGGAACACGCUACUUCAGCUGCCCACCCAAGAAGGCCCUGUUUGUGAAGCUCAAGUGCUGCCGGCCUGACUCCCGCUUUCCCUCCCUGCCCCAUUCCUCCAACCCCAUAGAACGCUGCAACUCCAUAGCGUUUGGCGGCUACCUGAGUGAAGUGGUGCAUGAGAACACGCCUCCACGCACUGAGAAUGAUGGUCUGGACGUCAUGGUGGGCAAGAAGAAAGGAAUCCAAGGCCACUACAACUCCUGCUACCUGGACUCAACCCUCUUCUGUCUGUUCUCCUUCAGCUCGGUCCUCGACACAGUCCUCCUGAGACCCAAGUCCAAGACUGAUGUGGAGUACUACAGAGAGACCCAGGAGCUACUACGCACAGAAAUAGUCAACCCCCUUCGCAUACACGGUUAUGUGUGUGCUACUAAAGUGAUGAAACUGAGGCGGAUCCUGGAGAAGGUGGAGGCUGCCUCAGGCUUCACCUCGGAGGAAAAAGACCCAGAGGAGUUUCUCAACAUCCUGUUCCACCACAUACUGAGGGUAGACCCCUUACUCAAGCUGAGGUCGGCAGGGCAGAAGGUCCAAGACUGCUACUUCUACCAGAUCUUCAUGGAUAAAAAGGACAAAGUGGGCGUUCCCACCAGCCAGCAGCUCAUAGAGUGGUCUUUCAUCAACAGUGACCUCAAGUUUGCUGAGGCGCCCUCCUGCCUCAUCAUCCAAAUGCCUCGCUUCGGCAAGGACUUCAAGAUGUUCAACAAGAUCUUCCCCUCUCUCGAGCUCGACAUCACAGACCUGUUGGAAGACACUCCCAGGGAGUGUCGGAUCUGCGGGGGCCUGGCGCUGUACGAGUGCAGGGAGUGCUACGAGGACGGAGACAUCACGGCGGGGAAGAUCAAACAGUUCUGUGAAAAGUGCAAUACUCAAGUCCACCUCCACCCCAGAAGGAAGGCCCACCGGCACGGCAAGCUGUCCGUGCCCAAGGAGCUGCAGGAGUGCGUGUGGCGCCAGGGCAGCUUCCCUCGCCAGAGGAUGGAGCUCUUCGCCGUGCUCUGCAUCGAGACCAGCCACUACGUGGCCUUCGUCAAGUACGGCGCCUCCGACUCCUCCUGGCUCUUCUUUGACAGCAUGGCCGACCGUGACGGAGGGCAGAACGGCUUCAACAUCCCCCAGGUGUCUCCGUGUCCAGAGGUGGGGGCCUACCUGAAGAUGACUCCAGAAGAGCUCCACGCUCUCGACCCCAAGAGCAUCCAGGGUCAGGCCAGACGCCUGCUGUGCGAUGCCUACAUGUGCAUGUACCAGAGCCCGACCAUGAGCUUGUACAAGUAGAGCUCUCCCAUCUCCCCACCCUCGGGGGGCCUGGGGGCAGGACACAGAUGCACACACGACACACUGGCUGGAGAGAAGAGUCCAGUUGCCCCCCCCCCCCUUCCCUCCCAGCCUUUCCUCAUGUCUCAGUCUGCACAAAAUGAAGAGACUGUGGAUAAGACGAGAGAGAAAAAAAGAAGAAGCCUAUUUGCACUGUGCAUUUGUUGGAAGUGUUGUGUGUUUUUUUUCUUCAUAUUUUCUUGCGUGGGGAACAAUAAGACUUAACAUUUCUCGCUGUCGUAGCCCUUUCUGUGCCUCAUAGUUGAGUGGCGACCGUCGGCAGAGCAACGGAAGGCCUGAUGAAUAUUUACUCCCAGUGGAGAGGGAAGGGGGGGGGGUUUUCUUGGCUGACCAAACAUGUGCAGUGAAAACAAGACGUGCUAAUAGGAGGACCGAGGCCACCUCGUUUACCUACCUGAGGGGGAGUCCUGCUUUUCUUAAUCAGUGUAAAAGAUGGGAGCUCUCCAUAACCAAACCCCAGUGUGGAAACAGUACCGUGCUCCGAACAUCCACCAACUGUGUACCAUUAUCCAGGCUCAACUCGGCCCUCUAUGUACCACGCUCCACUGUAUCAGUACCAUUAGCAACAACAGUACAGUUAAUCCACAGUACAGUACUUUAUGGUCAGUUAGAAUACUUUGAUCUGUGUGAUCUAGGUUGCGUAUGUUUACCCUGUCCAGCCUCUUCGGUGUCUGUACAAUGUAUAUUUUACAUAUGGAUAUAAAACAGUCGGUUGUUUCAGAGCACUGAAUAUCUUUGCAAGGGUUGAGGGGAGGUACUGUUAAGGCCUGUUACUAAAUUAACAGUGUGAUGUGAAAAUUUCAAUUGUAAAAGUCUUUGUGGGUAAAAAUGAACUAAAACUAAAUAAUUUUGUACGUUAAA